CUGGAUGGCCCAUCGAUCGCUAGUGCGCUUUUUUCUGCGAAAACCAAGUUCUCCAAAAUAAGAAUCCAACGCAGGUGGAUAGAUACCUUUCCCAUUGCUUCUUUCAAACUAAUCCUCCCCUCCUUGCCUGCGUGUCAUCCACGAGGGGGGAUAGGAUUCCAAAUUCUGUUUCCAUUUCGUUUCCACAUGCAUACUUUCUCUCCAUCUGCUCCAGAGAAGAUGGCGGAGUCGCCGGAUAAUCAUCACCGACAGAGUUGUACCGGCGAUUCGGUUGUUCGCGAAGUUGAAAUCGCUGGCGAAAAUGGGGUUAUUGACAGUAGUUUGUUCAAACAUAGCAUGUCCGGAGAAACUUCAACUACUGGCAAACCGGAUUCAGAUUCCAGCCAUCGGAGACAAUCUGGUAGAUAUGGAGAGAGUUAUAAUCUAAGCAUAUUGGCAGCAAAACUAUUUGAUGAUAAAAUUCCUUUCAAAAAGAAGCUCAAAUUACUUCCUCGAUUUGCAAAUGUUAAAGAUGAUGGGACCGUACAAUUAGAGGUGCCCGGAGAUAUUAAACCAUUAAGCCUGGAUCUUGUCAAAGCUGUUCAUGAUGGAUUUACUGAUGAGGAACCUUGUGACAUUGCUGAGCCUCCUGAUUUACGUCCCUUGCAAAUAGUAAUGCUUAUUGUUGGAACACGGGGAGAUGUUCAACCAUUUAUUGCCAUUGGAAAACGUCUACAGGAAGAUGGUCAUAGGGUUAGAUUAGCAACUCACUCAAAUUUCAAGGACUUUGUACUGACUGCUGGAUUGGAGUUUUUCCCUCUAGGUGGAGAUCCAAAAGUUCUUGCUGGCUAUAUGGUCAAGAAUAAAGGUUUCUUGCCAUCUGCGCCUUCAGAAAUACCUAUUCAGAGGCAUCAAAUAAGGGAAAUUAUAUUCUCCUUACUUCCUGCAUGCGUGGAACCUGAUCCUGAAACAAAUGUUCAGUUUGAAGCAGAUGCAAUAAUUGCCAAUCCCCCAGCAUAUGGACAUACACAUGUUGCAGAGAGGCUAAAAGUACCAAUUCAUAUAUUCUUCACAAUGCCUUGGACGCCUACUAGUGAAUUUCCCCAUCCUCUGUCUCGUGUUAAGCAACCAGUUGCUUAUAAAUUGUCAUAUCAAAUUGUAGAUUCAAUGAUUUGGCUCGGAAUACGGGACAUGGUUAAUGAGUUUAGGAAGAAAAAGCUGAAGCUAAGACCUGUCACAUAUUUAAGUGGAUACUAUAACUCUCCUCUUGAUCUGCCUUAUGGGUAUAUAUGGAGUCCUAGCCUUGUUCCCAAACCAAAAGACUGGGGACCAAAGAUUGAUGUUGUUGGAUUUUGCUUCCUUGACCUUGCAUCAAAUUAUAAACCUCCUGAUUCACUUGUGGAAUGGCUAGAAGGUGGUGAUCCACCCAUCUAUAUUGGUUUUGGUAGCCUUCCUCUUCAAGAACCAGAGAAGAUGACCCAGAUUAUAGUUGCAGCAUUGGAAGAGACUAGUCAAAGAGGCAUCAUUAACAAGGGCUGGGGUGGUCUUGGGAAUUUGCCAGAACCAAAGAAUUCUGUGUAUUUACUGGACAAUUGCCCUCAUGACUGGUUGUUCCCAAGAUGCAAGGCUGUGGUGCAUCAUGGUGGUGCUGGAACAACUGCUGCUGGUCUUAAAGCUGGGUGUCCUACAACCAUUGUACCUUUCUUUGGGGACCAGCCUUUCUGGGGAGAGCGGGUUCAUGCCAGAGGAGUAGGUCCUGCACCGAUCCCGGUGGAUGAGUUUUCACUUGCAAAGUUGGUUGAUGCUAUACGAUUCAUGCUAGAUCCCAAGGUAAAAGAGCGUGCUAUGGAGUUGGCCAAGGCCAUGGAGAAGGAAGAUGGGGUACAAGGUGCAGUAAAUGCCUUCUAUAAACAUUUUCCUCGCUACAAGUUGGAACCCGAAUCCGAGCCUAAGACUGCAACCUCAAAGUUUCGUUCCAUACGAAGUUGUUUUGCUUGCCAUUGAUUUUCAGCUCUUUAUCACAUUAUGAGAAUAAAUAUACGUCGGCUUUGCGAAAUUACUUUUUUGCUGUUU